AUGGGCGAUUACCUAAACCGUGUAGCAAACUUAGGGAGGCUGCAGGAUAUAAACAAUAUUGGUGAUUUGCAAGGUCCAAUGAUUCGUCACGUCAUUUACGUUGAUCCAGAUAGACGUAGGAAUGACAGAGAAUUUAAAAAACGUUACAGAUUUACCAGAGAAGGCUUCGCCAACAUUUUGGAUAUCCUGCAAGACGACAUACCAGAGCCACCUGAUAAUCGUGGAAACCCGAUCCCACCAAGUAUUCAACUCAAAGCAGCAUUGCGUUUUUAUGCAUGUGGUAGUUUCCAAAUUGUAGCAGGGGACCUUGUGGAUAUUUCACAGGCUUCAUUAUCGAAAAUCGUUGCCAAAGUUUCCUCAGCAAUUGCCAGGAAACGUGCCCAAAUCAUACGGUUUCCAUCUGGUCACGCAGCAACUACUAUGCAGCAGAAAUUCAUGGAUACUGCUGGUUUUCCGCAUGUUGUUGGAUGUGUGGAUGGUGUGCACAUUCAAAUUCAAGCCCCACCCGUGGAAAAUAAGGAGAUAUAUCGAUGCAGAAAAGCAUUCAUGUCGUUGAACGUCCAGGGCAUAAGUGAUGCGGACCUCCGCUUCUUAAACAUUGUGGCAAGAUGGCCUGGUUCAACUCACGAUGCUAGGAUUUUUGACAACAGUCUGAUUUGCAAUCGGUUUGAAAACAAUGAAAUACCCGGGCUGUUGCUUGGUGACAAGGGAUACCCAUGCCGACCCUUCCUGAUGACACCAUUUCGCAACCCGAAUAACCCAGCUGAAAACCGCUACAAUACCGCACAUAAGAGAACUCGUUCAGUUGUCGAACGCUUGUUUGGGGUUUGGAAGAAGCGCUUUCCCUGCUUGAAAUUUGGAAUCCGGUGCAAAUUGGAAACGGCUAUGAAAGUUAUCGUUGCUACAUCUGUGCUCCAUAAUAUAGCUAGAGACCUUGGGGAACCAGAAAUUUCAGAUGACGAAGAUGAACCCGAAGAAGAUGAACAUGACAAUGAGCUUUAUAUGAACGACAAUGAUGUGCUUGGCAAUGCCAUGAGACAGACUAUAGUUGAACAGUAUUUCCGUUACUAA